CAAACCCUCAAUUUCUAGCAUGCGCCUCACAUUGACUAACGAUGGCACUGUUGUUUAUAAAACGCCAUGCUUGUCUCCACGAUCUCUACUGUUUCAGCUCCCCCUUCUAUGGGAGGAAACUCCGCCAUCUGUAUUGGUAGUGAUGGAUCCCUCGCCCCACCUGUUGUGGCCAUCCAUGGACUAAAUGAGGCCGUCAGCGAGCUGGUGAAGAAGCGAGGGCGGCCUAAGUACAUUCCCCUGAUGGCACCAUGGCUACCAAGUUUCCCCGACCUCCGAAAGUCUACUUGGCAUCGAAGGCUUCUCUCCACUUUCAAUGGGCAGUCAAACAUUGAUCUUUUAGUUCAAGGUGAUCCCAUGAAGAAAGCUAAGAGAAGACCUCUAGGCUCUAGGAAGAAGUAGUAGUUGCUUGCACCUAGAUCUGCAGGAACUAGA